AUGAAUCUAUGUAUUGUUAUUCUUAUUCUGUAUUGUGAUACUCGACAACCAAAAAAUGUUUUCAAGGUGCAAGAUACGAUUCAUGAAAUCAUUCAUGCUCUUGGAGUGGAGCAUAUGCAGAAGCGCUACGAUCGGGACAAUUAUAUAAAAGUCAACCUUUCAUCAUUCAAGACGAUAGCGCACGAAGAUCAACUCAGAAAAAUGCAACCUGAUGAGCUCAUCAACUACACGCCGUACGAAUACGGCAGUAUUAUGCAUUACCGCGCAGAUUCGGGGAUCGAUGGCCUCUUAUGCGAUUACGCCUCUCGAUCCGUUGUACACACGUACGAUGGGCUCGCCGAUUCCUUCUUUUUACGACUUGAUGAUGCUGAACAUGCACUACAAGUGCAAACGGUAUAA